GUUCGAGGCCAGCCUGGUCUUCAGAGUGAGUUCCAGGACAAGCUCCAAAGCUACACAGAGAAACCCUGUCUCAAAAAACGAACAAACGAAAAGGACUCACUGUUCUCAAAGAGGGCUCAGAUUCUCGGCACUCACGCAGCAGCUCGCAGACAUCUGUAACUACAUAGACACCAGGCAUACAAGUGGUCCACAGACAUACAAGAAUCUUCAAAUCUCCAUCCCAACUAUUUGGUUCCUGGUGCCAUCGAUGCUGCCCAGACCUGGGAUCUACUUCUUCCCCUGGGAAGUCAGUGAUGGCCAAGUUCCCGACGGAAGCACGCUGCGAACUUUUGGCAGGUUGCUCUGUUAUGACAUGACACACUCCCUGGUGACCCUGGCAGCACAGCAAAGAUCUGAUCAGUGCCAGUUGCGCGUCUGCACGAAGUUGGUGGAGCCUUUUGAGCCGCGUGUGGGCUUCCUGUACAUGGUUCUUGGGGAGCUGGAGCAUGAGGAGGAUGGAGGUUCUGUGGUGAAGGCCCGACUGCUCACCUGUGUAGAGGGGAUGGAUCUGUCCUUGUUAGAAAAAGCCAUCCUGGAGCAGAGGCUGUGCCUGCAGAAGAAGCAGCAGCCAAUAGGAGUCGCCAGCACCUUGCCCACGCCUCCACCAGCUCCCCUUCCCAUUGACAGCCUUCACCUGAAACCAGAAAGCAGCAGCGGGGGUGGGGAUGGGGUGGGGGGCCCUGGGGCUGAGACUUGUGAAGGAUCUGAAGGAUUCCUCAGUGUCCUCACCAAUAAAGAGCAUGAACUUGUAGUGUGUGUGUACCUGGUGCAGAGCCGGCUGCAGCCAGCAGGGGCCAGCAGGGGGAGCCAUAGCAAACAGCUUGCCUGA